AUGAGUAAGUUUUUGAGGAGAGUGUUUUCUUCUGGCACCUCCAAGCUGCCAAUUGGUGGUACAAAUAAUUUAACUCCUGCAAUUGUAAAUAAUGAUAACAAAGCAAUAAUAACAACAACAAAAAUGAUAGUUUCAGAAAGUGUUUCUUCUAUCUCUUCACCCCUAUCCACCACCACAACAACAACUUCAACUACUCCAGUCACUUCAAUAACAGGAGCAGCAACAACCUCUAUACCCCCACAUCCAUUACUUAAUGAUGUUUAUAAGUUUAUGAGAGAGGGUAUUGUUUCUUCAAUAUUCUUUCUAAUUUUAAUGAUUUUUUCUCACUUUAUAAUAAGAAGAUAUAUUAGAAAAAAAGAUGAUGAAAAGAAAAUAUAUAUACCUAGAUUACUUUGUACAGUUUGUUUAUCAAUUUCAAUAUCAGCAAUGCUUUUAAUACCUAUAACAAUUAUUAGUAAUGAAAUUAUGACAACCUUUCCAUCAAGUUAUUAUACUCAAUGGUUAGAUAGAGAGUUAAUAUUUUCAUUUUGGAAUAAAAUAUUUUGGGGUGCAAAUAUAUCAUUAUUUAUAAUAUUACCAUUUACUUAUUUUUUAUAUGAAUCUGAAGGAAUUAGAGGUAGAUCAUUAUUAAAUAGAAUUAAAGAAGCACUAUUAAUUUUAUUAUUAGUAGCAGUGAUUUUCGUUGGUUUCGUAUUUGUAGUUUUCAAAUUAUUUUAUGGUCAACAAAAACAACCUUCAACACUUAUGGAGAAUAUAUCAAUUAUUAGUACUGAUUAUUUACCAUUUUCAUAUUCAUUAAUUUCAACUUUUGGUACUGUUGUAGUUAUGUAUUCAAUUCCAAGUGGAUUUAAUUUUUUAAUUUCAAAAUGUAUAAGUUUAAGAAUUGUUAGACCAAUUGAAGAUGAAAUUAAAGCGGCAAAAAUGGAGAUUGAAAGUAUUACAUUCACAUUGGAUAAAGCAGAAGCAGCAGGUUUUGUAAAUUUAGAAAUAAAAAAGAGUAAACUUAAAAAGAGAUUAUUAAAUUGUAGUAUAAAUAGUGGUAAUAAUAAUAAUAAUAAUAAUAAUAAUAAUAAUAAUAAUAAUAAUAAUAAUAAUAAUAAUAAUAAUGGUAAUAAUUGUAAUGAUAAUAAGGUUGAAAAGAAGAAAGAUAAUAAAAAUAAAAAUGAAAUGAAAAGUGAUAAAAAAACUAAUCAUUCAAAUGUAAAUAGCGAUAUAAUAUCAUCUUCAUCUUCUCCAUCCUCUCCAUUAACACCAUCAUCACCAUUAUCACAAGCAUCAAAUGCAAAUGAAUCAAAUUCAACUGUAAAUACACCAAAUAUAAUAGCGACAACAACAAAUUCAAAUAUUGUUAUAAUAAACGAUGAAUAUAACAAUAACAAUAAUAAUAAUAAUAUAAAUUUUGAAAAUGGAAAUAAUAGUAAUAAUGAAAAUAAUAAUAAUAUUGAUAAUGACAAUUUAGAAACAAAUAUUGAAAAUAAAAAAAAGAUUAAUAAUUAUUUAAUAAAAAAGAAGAAAGUGAAUGUAAAUAGUAAUUUUAAGAUAACACCAGAAGAGAUUCAAAAAUUAGAGGAUACGAGGGAUGAACUUUAUUUAUAUAUUGAUAAGAUAUCAAGACCAAGCUAUUUCUCAUCGACUUUGGUUAGAAUUUUAUCAUCAAUUUUAUUGACAAUAAUUAAUUUUACAAUCACUGGUUGGGUGAUUUUCAAAGUGUUUAUAACAUUGAUUAAAAGAAUAUUCGAAUUGUUUGAAUUGGAAUCGAUAAAGGCAUAUUUUGAUAGUUGGAUGUCGUCGGCUAUUGAUCUUUCAAAAGGCUCGUCGAAAUUGGGUCCAUUUGAAUCAUUGUUAGAGACAACCAUAAUCAUCUAUUUAAUGAUAUCGGCAUUUGUUGGAUUUUUAAACGAGCCUUACUUUGCAAAUAUUAAACCCAGAAUCCAUUCGACCAGUCUAAGAAAGAUGAUCAUUAAUACUGGUAUCAUUCUAUUGAUGAGUUCAAGUUUUCCUGUGGUGGUUAGAAUUCUAGAAAUUAGUAGAUUCGAUUUAAUGGGUUACUAUUCACAUACAAACUAUUUAAGAGGUGAUUUCUUUAAGAUCAUUUAUAGUAUUUCAUUCUUAUUCAUGGUUAUUAGAUCAUAUAUGCUUAGUUUUAUUCAAUCAAAAAGUGGUGGUAUAUAUUCUUUUGUUGAAAUUAGUGGUAAUAUUAAUGGUGGUGGUGGUGGUGGUGGUGGUAAUAGUGAUACACCCUUCUCUUUAACAAAUACAAUCUUAAAUAUGAUUGUACCCUAUAUACCAUCCUAUAUUAUCAAUAGUAAACUAUUAAGUAUUUCAACUCGUAAUAAAAUCAUUCAAAGACAACAAUUUGAAAAACAACAAGAACUCUUACUUAAACAACAACAACAAUUACAACAACAAACAAAUGUUGUUAAAAGUAUUCAAUCAUUAAUACUUGAAAAUCAUGAUCAAGAUUCUUCUUUAAAUCCAUCUUCAUCUUUAUUUUCAAUAAUUGCAAAAAAUCAAAAUUUAAUUAAUUUUGAAGAUAUUAAUAAUAAUAAUAAUAAUAAUAAUAAUAAUAAUAAUAAUAAUAAUAAUAAUAAUAAUAAUAAUAAUAAUAAUAAUAAUAAUAAUAAUAAUAAUAAUAAUAAUAAUAAUAAUAAUAAUAAAAAUAAUAAAAAUAAUAAUAAUAAUAAUAGUAGUGGUAAUAGUAAUAUUGAUUCAAAUCUUACAACACCAAAUUUAUCAUCAGGUAGUUCAUCAUCAUUUUCAACAUCACCUUUAUCUUUAUCCUCAUCUUCAUUACAAACUUCAUCAACUGCAACAACAAAUAUUUCCAAAUUAAAAAAUAAAAGGUUUUUUCUUUUUUGA